CUUGUUCAAAAAAGUAUCAGGAGUUGUCAAGGCAGAGAGAGAGAGUGCGUGUGUUUGCAAAAGGGGGUAAAGUAGUUUGCUGGCUCUUUAAGACCGAGGUGGAGAGAGAGAGAGCGAGCGAGCGGCAGGCAGAGAAAAGGGAAAAAGGAGGAAGAAGAAGUUUUUGAAAAUCCAGGCUCCGGCGGCAAUAAUAGCAGUUAUUAGCAUUAUUAAUCCAUCGGCGAAGAGGAAGACCCUGAUCUUGAUCCAAGUGUGGUUUUGGGGAGUCCCCCUCCCCCCUUUCCUACCCCUCCCUAGGAAGAAAAAAAAAAAAAAAAAGUCCGGCUUGGGACUUCGCCGCGGCUGCUCCUCGCUUCUCCGCUCGAGGCUGGUUCCAGGCAAAAGUAGUUUGAAUGUACAACAUGAUGGAAACCGAGCUGAAACCUCCCGCCCCCCAGCAAACUUCGGGGGGAGGCACGGGCAACUCCAACUCGGCCGCCAACAACCAGAAGAACAGCCCGGACCGGGUCAAGCGCCCGAUGAACGCCUUCAUGGUGUGGUCCCGCGGGCAGCGGCGGAAAAUGGCCCAGGAGAACCCCAAGAUGCACAACUCCGAGAUCAGCAAGCGGCUCGGGGCGGAGUGGAAACUUUUAUCCGAGGCGGAGAAGAGACCCUUUAUUGACGAAGCCAAGCGGCUCAGAGCUCUGCACAUGAAGGAGCACCCGGAUUAUAAAUACCGACCCCGGAGGAAAACCAAGACCCUCAUGAAGAAGGAUAAGUACACGUUGCCAGGGGGCUUACUGGCGCCGGGCACCAAUACCAUGACGACCGGGGUAGGGGUUGGGGCCACCUUGGGAGCUGGGGUGAACCAGAGGAUGGACAGUUACGCGCACAUGAACGGCUGGACCAACGGAGGCUAUGGGAUGAUGCAAGAGCAGCUCGGCUACCCGCAGCACCCGGGCUUGAACGCGCACAACGCGGCACAGAUGCAGCCCAUGCACCGCUACGACGUGAGCGCCCUGCAGUACAACUCCAUGACCAGCUCGCAGACUUACAUGAACGGAUCGCCUACCUACAGCAUGUCUUACUCCCAGCAAGGGACCCCGGGCAUGGCCCUGGGCUCCAUGGGCUCGGUGGUCAAGACGGAAUCCAGCUCCAGUCCCCCCGUAGUCACUUCCUCGUCUCAUUCAAGGGCUCCUUGCCAAGCUGGGGACCUUCGGGACAUGAUCAGCAUGUAUCUACCAGGUGCUGAAGUACCAGAACCAGCUGCCCCAAGCAGACUUCAUAUGUCCCAACACUACCAGAGUGCACCUGUUCCUGGCACAGCCAUUAAUGGCACACUCCCUCUAUCACAUAUGUAAGACAAAGGGGCCGGGGCGGGGGGGGGAGGAGGGAAGGAAAACUAAACAAAACAAACAAACAACAAAAAAACUUUUAUUAGAAAUUCUGGACUUUUUUUUUUUUUGGACUAUUUUUGUACAGAGAAAACUCGGGGCGGGGAG